CCAUAGUAGACGAACAACAACAGAGCAAGACAUGUUUGCAAUGUUUGAGGAUGUAGAAAAUUUGAGCAUUGAGAAUAACAACAACCUGUGUCAAGAACAAGAAUGCCGUCCGUCAAGCAGCUCCAUGCCUACUAGUGAAUUUCAGAAUGAGUCAGAAGAUGUUGUUGUAAACAACAAUGACACUACGGAAAACACUUCUCUGACAUCAAGACUUGACAGCGAUAAACGUCAUCAAGAACAUUGGACUCAUACAGAAUCAAAGACUGCUUGGAUGAAACCUAAAGAUGAGGAUGGAAACUGUAAUGUCAUCAAUCAAGACAUAGCAGAAUCUUCAGGAAAAGACUCAAGUACACCUGUAUGCUAUGAUGACCAACGUGCAAUUAUAUUACAACAAUCUCAACCUUCAUCAUCAUCUGCAUCUGACACGUAUAAUUCUGUGCAAAGACAAAGCUGCCAGACUGACUUGAGAAAGUCAGAGUCGUGUCAACCCAGACUUGAUCAUGAGGGAUCUUCUGAAGGUCAAGUAAGCCAUGAGGACGGGUCUCAAGGUCAAGCUGAUGCUGCCAUAAGCAAGGAGUCAUUGCUGGAGUCAGCAGCCAUGUUACAGAGCCAUGUGGUGAUGUUGGAAGACCCCGCUCACCUGGAAGGUGCCAUGUGUCUGGAGGGGGUAGAGGUACACCAGUCCACAGAGAUGUUCAGAAAUAUAUUUCUAACUCAGGUGCAGCAACAGUUGGAAGAUCUGGACAGGGAGUUAAAGACACACCUGUCCAAGUCGGAGAGGUGUCUGAUGUUACACAGAGACAAGAUGAGCAGCUACAUGCAGCAGGCUGAGACUUUCUUCAGCAGUGAGGAUGCAGGGGACAGUGAAGGAGCAGCCAGGGGACAGCAGGAAAAAGACUGGCAGGAGCCUCUUCAUGAAGGUCACGGGCUGUCGCUGAAGGACAUCUUGGACAGCGAUUCUGAGGAUUCACAGCAAGGAGACUUGGAAGGAGCUGACAGCCCUGCAGCUGGUGGUUACUGGAGGGAAGAGUUGGUGUUUGCAAAUAAAAUCCAGGAGUUAGAAAUGGCAGUGGAGGAGAGGGUCACUGCUAUAAGACCUCCGGGGGACAUCGAUGAGGAGGCUGAAGACACCAGAUUCGGGGACCUCCCUGCAGAACUGGUGGUGCGAAUCUUUUCAUACCUGACCUUACAGGAGCUAUGCGAGAGCGCGGCGCCCGUGUGUCGUGCCUGGUACCGCCACGCACACGACCCCCUCCUCUGGCAGGAACUGGACUUGGACUUUAACCACGACGUCAGGGCUGUGGACCUGUGUGCCAUGAUCAGGGGCGCCCCCUUGCUGAAGGUGUUGGUGAUGCGAGGGAGAAAUGAGCUGACCAUUACAGAAGUGUCAGUGUUUGUGAAGUACUGUGGCAUGCUGCAGCAGCUGGACAUGGGCUUUUGCAAGGUCCUGGAUCUGACCAUGCUGCACAUCAUUGUGGACAGCUGUCCCCAGCUGGAGCUGGUUAAUGUGGAGGGCUGUGACAGCAUCAGGGAUAGCUGUCUGACGGUGCUGUCCAGACUGCCCAAACUCACAGUUCUCAAUCUGUCCCACUGUACCAGUGUAACAGAUGAUGGGGUUUGCCACCUGGUCAGACACUGCCCAGGACUGACCUCUCUGAACAUUGAUGGUAUCGCAUGGAUAACUGACAAUGCUGUACAAGACAUAGCUGCUUGCUGUCCCUCUAUGAGACAGCUGUAUCUGGAUGGAGAUGAGCUGACCGAUGUCAGCAUCACUGCUGUUACUGACAGCUGUGCACAGCUGGAACUGUUGGACAUCUCCUUCUGUGAGGGAGUCACGGAUCACUCUGUACAGAGCAUUCCAAAACUGCAGCACCUGAAGCACCUGCGACUGAAGCGUGGCAUGCAGCUGUCCUCAGCUGUCAUGCUGCACCUGUUCAGGGGCGAGGCUCUUGCUGGGCUGACCUACCUGAACCUGACAGAGUGUACAGCUGUCAACAAUGGGGUGGUGGAGAGGAUCUCUAAAUGUUGUGCAGAGCUGAGAGAGCUGUACCUUUGUUGGUGUUGGGACAUCACAGAGGAAGGACUGGAGCACAUUGUUAACAACCUCAGCAAACUGCACCACCUGGACCUGACAGGGCUUGAUAAGAUCAGUGGGGCGUGUCUGACCUACGUCCCCUCUACCCUCCCACACCUCACCUACCUGGACCUACAGCAGUGCAAUAGGGUUCAAGAUGAGGUUCUGUCCGCCCUGGUAUCUGCGGAGCCUGGCCUGACGAUCGUGGAUUACUACGGCAACAACGUGCCAGACCUGCCGGAACAGUGCCGAUCAUGAGCUGGACCAGAUAUACGGCUGUCCU